CAACAAAUGUACAAAAUGUUUGGAUGGAAUGUCUAAAUUUUGGACUUAACAACACAGGUUUGCACAUGAGUAUUAUUCGUAUUUAAAGCAUGUUGGAUGAUUUAUUUGGACUUUAAAAAUUAUGGAUCAUUCUAGCAGAAAAAAAUGGACAAAUGGCGAGCUUAGUCCCCAAAUGCAUUUAAAUGUGACAGCAACCAAAGAAGUGCCUCCGCAAUAUGAACAUUAUUUACAUUUAUUACAAGAAAGAAAUCGACUUGUUAAACGACUUCGCCAGAAAGACAGACAAGAAAUUGAACUCGAGAAAAAAGAGAAAGGCUUCACCCUUUAUCUCAACACACCAUUUCCAGGGGAACCUAAAGUUGUGCUGGACAAAAGUAAACAAAGGAGGAAGACAGCUGAUCCAUCAGACUAUUCCUCCAAGAAACUUGAGACUGGUGAACGGCGAAGAAACUGGAAGUUUUCUUCCAUAGAAGUUACUACAUCAGACGGUCAGAAACAGAAAGUCAAAGCCCCAGAAAUAUUAACAGGAAAUUAUGAUGAGGAUUUUGAACCUGAUGACAAUGAGGUGACCGGCAGCAUGUCAUCACAGUACAGCUCUAUGGACGCGUCAUUGGACACGCCCCGCAAGCACAAGACUAGCUACUUAAAGAGGAUAGCGGCAGCCAAGAGAGAGGAAACAGAGGUGGAGAACCGUGUCACAAUAAAAAUGGAAGAUGUGAAGAAACUUAGAGAAAGCUUACAAAAGAAUCAACAAAUACGCCAAAGUAUAGCCAUGGAUUCUGAUUCUGAUUUUGAUGCAGGGGACUCAGACAGGCACCAGAGCGAAUCUGAUGGUGAAAGAAUAUCUCCUAUUGGUGAGGAAAUAGAAGAAGUUUUAUCUAGUGAAGAAGAAAGCAAACCUGAGCGUCAAAAACUGUUUCGACCAGGUGACACAUUAGUGCUAGAGUUCCAGCCCCUCCCUAGCAGAAAUAAAACAGUGACAAAUGUGACUUCAGUGAAGAAGAAAACAGACUCUGAUGUAUCCAUUCCAUUUAAAUCUACCAAGCCUAGUGUUGUACCAUCACCAUCACCCAUAAUGCACAGAUCAGAUAGUGUAAAAUCUUCACGACCCCUCUCAGCCAAUCGUAAGAGUUCUGAUACAUCAGCUGACCCUAAGGAAGAAGCAGACGCAGUGCUUAGAGCAUUGAGGGAAGAAAACAAACAAGUUGAAAAUUUCUCAAAGAAACCUAAGAGCAGGCCACUACCACUCCCAAAGAAUCCUCCAAGUGGACCCACCUCGGUACCUUUAGAUGAAAAAAUAAGAAUUCCCUCCCCUGUCAAGUCAUAUGUUGACCCGAACCUUAGCAAGGGAAAUAAAUCUCCUAUUGAUGACGAGACCGAGCCCAUCAACACUGUUAUACAGAGAGUUCUCAAAAUGAAUCCUAAACAACAGAGAGAGCUCCUCAACACACUGAAUCACAUUGACACAGAAGGUGACAUGAUCCCAACACAACAGUUAAAGUCUAUUACAUCAUCAUGGUCAAAUAAAAGUCCAGUGACAGAUAGGUUUGAGGUUACUGUGGAAAUUUUGUCCAACUGGGGACACUCUUCAUUGGUUGGUCUUACAGAGUUGCAGUUUUUUGACCAAUCAAAAUGCUUGAUUCCUGUAAACCCAACUGAUAUCUCCAUACAAGGAGCUAAGACUAGCUCCAAGCAGCUUGAAGCUUUGUUCAAUGGGAAGUCCAAGACAACAAAAGAGCGUAAUAUGUGGAGUUGUCCAUUUGACGGCCGACCUAUAGAGUUGUCCAUCUUACUCGUGAAUUCAAAACCUAGUCAAAGUUUCCAGUUAGGCUCCAUCAAAGUUUGGAACUGGAAUAAUAAAAUAAGUAAUUUAGAUAUCGGAGCUCGGCACAUUAGAAUAUCAUUGCGGGGUGAACUGCUGUAUGAUGGUGAAGUGGACAAAGGCUGCGGCAACCAGGUGUUUGACUACUGCAAGCACAUCAUCAUUUCUCAGACAGACAAGACUGUCCCUUCUCUACUCAAGAAAUCUGCAUCAGGUCACUCUUUAGACAUAGCCGCACCACGGUACGGCGGGAAUAGUCCCAGACUUAUGUCCCCUCCUGUAGAGGGAGACCAUUCAGACCCGUCAGGCAGCCACCACACGUUUCGUAGUAUAUCCCGCUCAUCGCAGUCGUCAGCCUCCUCCUCUGGUUCGGGGAAACUGAGGGGGCAGAGUGAGGAAAGGGUUGAGGAGGGGCACAUCCGGAGUGAAACACGCACCAUUGUGCGCAGUAAUAUAUUCAAACAGAAUCCCGGAGGGUCUGGUCUUUCUAGUCCAGAGAUAGAGGCAUCAUCUAAAGAAAUCCCAGAGAGAUCCCAAACACCAAUGAAGAGCAGACGUGUAGCUGCUAAACUAAAUGGUAAACAAGACAGCAAAUCAGACAGCUUUGACAGCAAGCCACCCAUACAGUCAGCCCACAAGGCAUCUGUGAGCAGUUCUAAGGCAAUGAAAUCAUCAGACAACCUGACAACAUCCAUUAGUCAACCCAACACCAAUGUCAACCAGAGGGACAACCCUUUGGUGGACAACCUGAAGAGUAUGAGUCAAAGUGAAAGUAAGAGAAAAAAAUCUUUUCCAAAAUGGCUCAAGGGGGACAAUGCUUCAGAGGUCAACAAGAGUAGUCUCCCUAAAGAGGAAGAUGACCUACAGAAACAAUUAGAUGAAGAAUUUGAAAGGUUUUCUCAAACAGGCAAAAGCUCAAGCUCUAAGUCAAAUGAAGAAGACCAAGAUACUUUAACCCCCAUGAAGAAAAUAGAAAAGACAAGAGCAAAGUGGAGGAAAGAGAAAGAUCUGGAGGAGUCUUGGGGUUCAUUGUCCUUCUUCAACAAGUCGCAUAGAGGAAGGGUUUCUAUUGAUAUGGGAGAUGAAGAGCUUGAUGAAUACUUAAAACCACCAGAGAGAGCAGAGUCGGAAUUGCCUUCAGUAGCAGCAAAAAUUUCUAUACCAGAAGAUGGGUGGUCAGACGAAGAUUCUGAAUUUACUAUACCAGAACUGCCUUAUGGGAAAGAAAUGGUAAUCAACAUCAAAACAACUUGGGGUGAUCAUCACUAUGUGGGUCUGACAGGGAUACAACUCUUCUCCAGCCAAGGGGAGCAAGUCACUGUUGCCAAGAUUUGGGCAGACCCCAGUGACAUCAACAUAUUACCAGAAUAUAAGAGGGACCCACGCGUGGUAACCAACAUCAUCGACAAUGUCAAUCGUACACGUGAUGAUGUGCACAUGUGGUUGGCUCCCUACACACCAGGAAAUAACCAUUUUGUUUACAUCACAUUUACAAAACCCUGUCAGCUGGCUCUCAUGCGCAUUUGGAAUUACAAUAAGUCGAGAAUUCAUUCUUUCCGUGGAGCUAGGGAUGUGGUCAUCACCCUUGAUGGGAAGGAAAUCUUUAAAGGUGAAAUAGCCAGGGCAUGUGGUGGCAUUGAGGGAGGAACAGAAGCAUUUGGUGAUACAAUUUUAUUUACAACUGAUGAAAACAUCCUUGAAGCCGUGUCCAAGAAUGAUGAUGCCUUUGAAGGAGAGAUGUUCAGCGAGACAGAGGAGGAGGAAACCAUCAAGAGACCCAGCACAGCUGAUGUUGGUGAUGAUGAUACUCGACCUUUCACAAGAGCUGCUGGCACUCUGGUGGAAGUGAGAGAAAGUCGACCAAGUAAUUUUGUUACAUCUGUAGGGGAUGUUUUAGUCUACAAAACACACAAAUUGAAAUUAGAGUUCACGUCCACAUGGGGUGACCAUCAUUAUUUGGGUUUGACUGGCCUUGAACUUGUGGGCAGUGAGGGAGAAGCUGUGCCCUUGACAUUAGACAUGAUGACCGCCACACCCAGAGACCUGCGGCAUCUGCCGGGUAAUGAGAGAGAUGACCGGACAUUAGACAAACUGUUGGAUGGUUUCAAUGUGACAUGCACAGACUCCCACAUGUGGCUAAUACCAUUUUCAGAAGGACAAAGCCACAACAUUAAAAUAACUUUUCCACAACAGACCUUGCUGACUGGGAUUCGUGUGUGGAACUAUAACAAAAGUCCUGAAGACACAUAUAGAGGGGCCAAGGUGAUGCAUGUUUACAUCAAUGAUAAAGUCAUCUCCCCUCCUGAAGGCUAUUUACUUCGGAAAGGUCCUGGUGUGUGUCACUUUGAUUUUGCUCAAGAAAUCAGUUUCUCAAACUCAGGCAAUGUAAAUAAUCACCCAGGAGUUUUAGAAGGGUCAGGGGUUAGGAGUGGUAAUGAUAACUAUGAGAGUGUUGUACAACUGCCAAGAGGGUUUAUCUUUCAGUUCCAGCUGUUUUCCUCCUGUGGGGAUCAGUACUACAUUGGCCUCAAUGGACUGGAGUGUUAUGAUGCAGCUUUUCAAAAAAUAGAACUCACACAGAAUAACAUAGCAGCAUAUCCAGACAGUGUCAAUGUUUUAGACAACGUCAGCAAUGAUGCCAGGACGCCAGACAAACUCAUUGAUGGCUUUAAUGACACCAAUGAUGGCAGACACAUGUGGCUGGCUCCCAUCCUUCCAACCAUUAUAAACCGGAUUUAUGUAAUAUUUGACCAGCCAACUUCUGUUUCUAUGAUCAAAUUGUGGAACUACAGUAAAACUGUCUCUCGUGGUGUUAAAGACUUCGCUCUGCUGGUGGAUGAUCUACUGGUUUACAAUGGCACGCUGCAGCCUGUUACAGGAGGAGCCAUUGGUAUCCUGCCUACAUGCAGUGCAUCUAUACCUCAUCAUACCAUUUUAUUUUCUGAAAAUAGGGACAUCAUUUCUAAAGAAAAAAAUGCUAUCAUCAGCAACCAGACUGAGGACCAGGACAUCCAGUUAAUGAAUGAUAAAAAAAUUGUCACCAGGGGCACCAAUUUGUUAUCAAGCAAACCUGUUAAUCAAGCUUUAAGACCCAAAACUAGUGUGACAAAAACAGCAAGAUGAUCUUAACGGAAAGCUUUAAGGAACAAAAAUGUGGACAUGUUCAAUGCAGUGAAACAAUUCAACCUGAAUAAUCUCUUGUACACUUCUUUGCUUGUUUAUUCUUAAUGUUUUACUGUAAAGAUUUAUCAGGUCAUCAGUAUAAAUUAAAUUUUUACUGCGUAUUAUUUCUUACUAGUGAUAAACCUAAUUAUAAUAGGCAAGAAAUCCAAUAUUCUGUUAUUGGUUAGUUUUUAGCAAAAUUACUUGUAUUUUAUUUAUUGUCACAAUAUCCAUCAUUGUGAUGUUAUAUACGACAAGAAACCACUAAACCUAAAUUUGCAUUUAACUAAGCUGCUUUUUUUAUGCCCAUUAAAGAAAAUCACUUUGAUUUUUUCUGUUUUCCAGUCGCUACUUAACUUAAAGUAAUAUUUUUAUUUUAUUUGAUGACUUUAAUGGUCUGCACAGCAGUUGAGCCUACCUGAUCAGAUAAGUCAAUACAUUUCUAUACCAAUUGUUUGGAUCAUGUUUUUAUGAAACAGUUUAUCCAUUGGUUUGUUCUGUUAAAUGCUACUUAAUUUGGGUUGUUUUUAAUGAAUAUCUUAUCUGUGAUAGCUCUGUUGUUCACUUUUUUUGCACCAACCGUCUCCUGAUUGAAUGGAAAGUCAUUUCUAAGAAGUGUGAAUAUGGUAUGAAUUAUUUUGUAUACAUCUUAACAUGGUUUGAUAUUUGUAAUGAUAAAGGUUUAUGAAUCUCUUUUUUUUUUUUCAUUUUAAAAAUUUUGAUUGUACAACAAUGUCUCCGUCCAUUUUGUGCUAAAAAAAAGAUCUGUAAUUCAUACAUCUAUGUAUGGUACUUUUUUUUAAAUUAAUAAAAACAAUUAACUUGUAAUAUUUCUUCUUAUACUCAUACAGUAGCCUUUC